AUAAUUUGUUCAGUUAAUCAUUUGUAGUAAUUACAUUCUGUUAACGGUAGACGUUUAUGUUUAUGGAUAAGAUAGGGCAACCUACAUGUUUUAGGGCUGGUGUUCCAUCAGCUCCGUAAUUAAACAUUUCAUUUCAUCACAAACCAUGUUACAUCGUUGAUUGAGUGUUUCCUUUCUUAGAAGUUCUAAUCAACAACUAAAAGUAAGAGAACAAUUUAUCCGGUCAUUCUUGACCUUUUAGAUGGCUAAAGUACCCAUUAUCUGGAUCACCAUCACAACACAUUAUCUACUUUUCUACUCUCCAUAGUAAACAAUUCUGAUUUAUCAAGAGCGCGUACAUAUAUUUGGUAUCUACAUAUAAAUAUAUACAUUUUCUUUCAAUUACAUCGCUCUUACUCAAUAACUUUACCUCCCCAACCUUUCUUAAUACAAAAAAAACAAUUCUGUUUUUCUAACAACAAUAUGCAUGUGCCUCAAUCAACAAAAAACUUUCCCCUGUUAAGUAGAAAAUACACUAUGCUACAUAUUUUCCACACAUACAGAGACCCUAUGAUAUCUAAAGCAAGGAACUGAACUAAGUUAUAUACACAGACAUUUCUCAGUUUUUAAGAAUUCCUCGGUAAUUAAUAUGGAAAACGUUAAUUAUUUGGAUAGUUCCAACAUAAAUACUGUUACUCAAGCAUGCAUCGAUGAGAAACCUAUGCAAAGUGAAUCAUUAACUAAACAAACAUCAGUAAUUGGAAAUAUUCUUGAAUAUUCUUGUGAGAUUUGUAAGAAAAGUUUCUCUUCACAAGAUGAAGUCUUGACACACAGAGAAAUACACAACAGCAAAAAACUAUUUCACUGUGAAAUAUGUGGGAAGCAUUUUUCGUCUAACAGUAAUUUAACAACCCACAGAAGGAUACACACUGGAGAAAAACCUUUCCACUGUGAGACGUGUGGAAAGUCUUUUACUCAAAAUUCGAGUCUUGUUAUCCACAAACGAAGUCACACUGGGGAGAAACCCUUUUACUGUGAAAUAUGUGCGAAAUCGUUUGUUUCUAACAGUGAUUUCACAAAACACAAAAGAAUCCAUAAUGCAGAAAAACCGUUCCACUGCGAGAUAUGUAGGAAAUCAUUCUCUGAUAAUACUAGUCUAACUGUUCACAAAAUGAUACACACUGGAGAAAGACUGUUUCAUUGUGAAAUAUGUAGGAAAUGUUUUAUGAAUAAUUCGAGUCUUGUUAUCCACUUACGGAGUCAUAGUGGAGAAAGACCAUUUCACUGUGAAAUAUGUGGAAAAUCUUUUUUCAAAAACAGUGAUUUAACAAAACACAAAAGAAUUCACACUGGAGAAAAACCAUAUCAUUGUAAUAUAUGUGGGAAAUCUUUCUCUGAUAAAUCUAAUCUUUCAGGUCACAAACGUAGUCACACGAGAGAAAAACCAUAUCCUUGUGAAAUAUGUGGGAAAUCGUUUGUCUCUAAAAGUGUCUUAAAAACACAUUGUCGAUUACACACUGGAGAAAAACCAUUCCACUGUGAAAUAUGUGGGGAAUCAUUUAUCACUAAAGUUCUCUUAAAAUCACAUGAAACAAUACACACAGGAGAAAAGGUAUUUUGCUGUGAAGUGUGUGGGAAAUCUUUUACUAACAAUUCUCAUCUUUUAGUUCACAAACGUAGUCACACUGGAGAAAAACCUUAUCAUUGUGAAAUAUGUGGAAAAUCAUUUGUUGAUAACAGUGUCUUAACGAAGCACAAAAGAAUCCACACUGGAGAGAAACCUUUCCAGUGUGAAACAUGUGGAAAAUCGUUUCUCUCUAACAGUGAUUUAACAAAACACAAAAGAAUCCACACUGGAGAGAAACCAUAUUGCUGUGAAGUAUGUGGAAAGUAUUUUGUGUACAACAGUGAUUUUAACAGACACAAAAGAAUACACACAGGGGAGAAACCUUAUCAUUGUGAUAUAUGUGGUAAGUCAUUCACUGAUAAUUCUAAUCUUGUUGGUCACAAACGUAGUCACACUGGAGAAAGUAGUUAUUGUUGUGAUAUAUGUGGGAAAUCAUUCUCUGUUAACUCUUGUCUUGUCAUUCACAAACGUUGUCACACUGGAGAAAAGCCUUAUCAUUGUGAAAUAUGUGGUAAAUCAUUUGCUGAUAAUUCUCAUCUUGUAGUUCACAUACGUAGUCAUACAGGAGAGAAGCCCUAUCAGUGUGAAAUGUGUAAGAAAUCAUUUGUCUCUAAAAGUGUCUUAACAAUACACCAUAGAACGCACACUGGAGAAAAACCAUUUCACUGUGAAAUAUGUGGAAAAUCCUUUAUCACUAAUGGCGUCUUAAAAACACACAAAAUAAUACACACUGGAGAGAAACCAUUUCACUGCGAAGUGUGUGGGAAAUCGUUUAUCACUAACAGUCUUUUGAAAAAACACAAACAACUACACAUUUGAAGGAAAUUUUUUCCACUGUGAAGUAUGAGAAAUCCAUCUCUUGUAAACCAAAAUGUUUUCGAUUCCUUGCAACAAAUAUUGAAAAAUAUCAUGAUGAAAUAUGUCAGAAAUCCUUCUCUUUGAAUUAUGAGUUUGUCAUCGAAAGAUGUGCAUUUGUUUGAGAGCAGUCCUUUCACUGAGGUAUUUGAGAAAUCAUUUGUGUGAUGGUUUGGGUGUUGGACUUGUUAGAUUGUGGUUUCGAUUCCUGGACUGGGCAACCUGUUGUGUUCUUGAGCAAAAUGUUUCAUUUCAUGUUGUUCCAGUCUAGUCAGCUGGCAAAAAUGAGUAAUUCUACAAUGGACUGACAUUCCAUUUCAGUGAGGAAUAUAUACGCCAUAGGAACCAGGAAAGCAGCGCUAUGAAUCUAUAUGACUCAGGAAGGAACUUUACUUUACUUACUAAACUUGUAGUUGGCAAAUAAAUGUAAACUGGGUUAAAAAUUAUACUUAGGUGAAAUGUGUGGACAACCAUUUUAGUGUGAACUAAGGCUACUUUUGCAAAAAAAAAAAUUACCAUUGUGAAAUGAAUUGGAAACCAUUUCUGAAUUCAAGUCUUGUAAUUCACAAAUACAUCGUGGAAAAUUAUUAAUUUUCUGUUUUCAUUAAAUUUUCUUAUAGAGAUACAAUCAUAUUAAUCAUGUCUGGAAAACACAGGCCUUAAAAUGUUACAGAUGUAAGAAUAAAGGGGAAAUUAUUCUAUAUGAUAAUUAUGUUAGAAAAGCAAAUAUAUACAAGAGUAAAGCAUUGAGAUAAUUUGUUGAAAACAUUAUAAGUAGAAAUGAAAAAUAAAGAAAUAAAAGAUGGACUUUAAGAAUCAACACAGAAAGUGAGUGUUUGAUUAUUUGAAAAUAUAAAAGGAAACAAUACUUUCUUUCAUCAAUUACCAUAAUUACUUGUACAUUAGUGACAGAGGUAGUAUUAAUACCAAGAGUUAGUUAUUCCCACUUACACAUGGAUGUUGCAUUAGAACAAACUAUGUGCUUACUCUGGUAUAUAUAUAUAUAUAUAUAUAUGUAUAUGUAUGUAUGUAUUUAUGUGUGUAUACCUGUGUUUGUCUCCCUGCCAUUGCUUGACAACCAAUGCUGGUGUGUUUAUGUCCCCAUAACUUAGAGGUUCUGCAGAAGAAAC